CUGUCCCACGAAGUGGUCGAAAGGUGAAAGUCUAUCGAGUGACGAAGUUAAAAUGCCACGAUCGUUUUUGAUUCGAAAGAUCCUCGCAAUAAGCGACGACGAGGAAGAUAUUCCAGAUGCGAGGCCCGAAGAGUGUGUGGAGAAAACAAAGCCGCGCUCAGAUGAGUUGUUACCAGUCCUCCACCGUGAGGUUUCCAACGUACCCGAGGAACAAAGUAGAGAUAAAACCAGCGGUAGCUCAUUUCAAACUGUCGAGACAAACGCGGAGUUGAGCCUGAUCUCAAGUUGCACUUUUCACUGCGAACUUUGCACAAGAUCGUUCAACCGAGCCAGCGAUCUGAAGCGACAUCAAUUAGCUCACAUCGAGUCAAAGCCUUACAGAUGCCACGUGUGUGACAGACAGUUUACGUGGCUGGGGAACUUCCACAAGCACUGCGCUACGCACGAACAAUCAGCGCCACACCUACCGCUCUUCCCACAGCCCUCGCUAUUCACCGUGUAUCCAACGCCGCCCACACUCUUCAAUGCCACACCAUACAGCCACCCAAGCAGCCCGGGAUUCUACUUUAGCGGCUUUCCGAGAAGAUCCGAGGUGUCGCCUUUCGGAGGAUUCAAUCAAGUGCCCCGCGUUCUGCAAUGCAAUAUCUGCCUUCUGACCUUCACCACAUCACGUGCUUUGAAAAUGCAUACCAGAAUUCACAGCGGGGAAAAACCUUACAAAUGUGGCCAAUGCAAUAAGGCAUUCGCGAGGAAGGAUGAGCUUCACACACACAAGUAUUUUCACACGGUGUUUUAA